AUGGGAUCGGAUGCUCUAUCGAAGUUGACCAAGGCCGGUGAGGCCGCCUUCAAGUCUUUCCAGCAACGAUGGCAAGAGCGGAAGAAGGGUCCCGCUGACGCGCAACUGGCCGAAGCUGUUCGUCAGAAGAACCUGUAUCUUCGACAAAUCGCAGCGAAGAUUACAGGCAACUCGGAGUCGGAAGUUCCUCCGCUGAUAUGCUUACCUCAAACCAUUGGCCGUGCAGUGUUCUUGAUCACCACACCAAUAUCUCUUGGCAAGGUCGAAAUAUCAAGACGCACAUAUGAUCUUCUGGCAAAACAUGUAGGUAUGAGCAUGAACAGCAUCAGUCAUUGGGCUGUGGUUGUAGUCGAGCGUGGUCUUGGCCCUUCUUACGCCUACGAUCUUAUGAGUGAUCAGCUGAAAAUUCAGAUGCUGAUGAACAACUACUUCCGUGUGUACGAAGCCACCCCAGAGUUCAUUGCCCAAUGGAGCUCGUGCUACUAUGUCGGCGAGACGAUGAAGAGCCAUGAAGAGAUCCAGGCCUUGGGUGAACAUUUCAUCGCCGAAAACAAACGAUACAGCUUGUUAUCGAACAAUUGUCAGCAUCUCACAGAGAACCUUAUCAAAGAACUCUGCAACGGCAGGAUGAUCAGCCAGGCUAAACUUGAAGAAGAGAUACGCCUUGUUUCGCCAAAGAUUGCACGCGACUUGAUGGUGGCCAAGCUAAGGUCAAAGCUUGAAAGAGAGGACCAGAAAGAAGAUAGCGAGUCUGUGCAGAGUGAUGUCUUCACUAUCAAGGAGCUCUGGGGCAGGAUAAAACAUUAG